AUUUUGAGCAGAGCUAAACCAGCAUUGCAAACCAACAAUGAAUCCACUAAAGAAUUUGGAAAAACGCCUUCAAAAAAUUCUCAAUUUGAGGAAUACCUAAAAAAACGGGACUAUGCCGGCGCAGUCACAUUACUCGAGUUCAAUCAUAUUCCCGAAAAUAAAAAAUACAUUGUGGAUCAAUGGUUAGCAUUUUGUGCAUUCCAUAGAGGUGAUUACAAAAAGGCGUUAAAUAUUUAUCAGAAUCUACAAAAAGUACAUUCAGAUAUUGAGCAUUCUUUGGUAAAUACUGCCUGCUGCCUUUUUUAUUUAGGCAUGUACGAGGAGUCAAAAGAUUUGUUACAAAAAGCACCGUCAAGUGGACUAAAAACUAGACUAAGUUUUCAUUUAUCCCAUAAAAUAAAAGAUGAAGCUACAUUGAUGGAAUAUCACCAACAGUUACAAGACAAUUUGGAGGACCAACUUAGUUUGGCCGCUAUACAUUAUUUGAGGGCUCAUUAUCAGGAAGCCAUUGAUAUUUAUAAGAGAUUGCUUUUACAAAAUAGAGAAAAUAUAGCAUUAAAUAUUUAUGUUGGACUCUGUUACUACAAACUCGACUAUUAUGAUGUGUCCCAAGAGGUAUUAGGACUAUACCUAAACAAAUAUCCUGAUUCUGUGAUUGCUACAAAUUUGAAGGCUUGCAAUACGUUUCGUCUCUAUAACGGAACAGCAGCAGAAAAUGAAUUGAAAUCCAUUGUUGACCAAAGUAGUCAUGUUGGCUUUGGAUAUGACUUAUUAAAACAUAAUUUGGUAGUUUUUAGAGAUGGUGAAGGUGCCAUGCAAGUUUUUCCUUCACUGGUCGAUGUGGUGCCCGAAGCAAGAUUGAAUUUGGUAAUUCACUAUCUCAGAAAUAACGAUACGAAAGAAGCUUUCGAAUUAAUAAAGGAUCUACAACCAGCAGUACCGCAAGAGUACAUUUUGAAAGGUGUUGUUAACGCGGCUUUAGGUCAAGAACUCAACUCCUUGGAACAUAUUAAGGUAGCAGAAGAAUGCUUUCAUUUGGUAGGCAGUUCUACCAGUGAAUGCGAUACUAUUCACGGUAGACAGUGCAUGGCUGCUGCUUUUUUUCUUGCCAAUCAAUUUGAAGAAGUCUUGGUUUAUUUGACGUCUAUCAAAAGCUAUCUUCAUUCCGACGACACCUUCAACUUCAAUUUCGCUCAAGCUAAAGCAGCUUGCAAUCAAUUCAAGGAAGCCGAAGAAAUAUUCCUCGUCAUCAAAGAUCCUAGAAUAAAAAACGACUACGUCUACAUUUCCAAUCUAGCUCGUUGCUUCGUCAUGAACAAGAAACCGCAGCUGGCUUGGGAGCUGUACGGAAAAAUGGAAAACACUUCAGAGGGAUUCAAUCUAUUGCUGUUAAUCGCCAACGAUUGCUACAAGAUGGGGGAGUUUUGGUACGCCGCCAAGGCGUUCGAUAUGUUGGACAGAAUCGAACCGAAUCCGGAAUUUUGGGAAGGCAAGAGAGGCUCUAUCGUAGGAGUUUUUCAGGGUGUCAUAGCCAAAAAGUUUCCAGUUGACAUGCUAGGAGACAUACUGCAACUUUUGAGAAGCAGUACGUCGAAUCAAGCUGAUCAAAUAGCAAACGUAAUAAGAAGAUGGGCGAAAGAUCAACGAUUGAGUGUUUCGUAA